ACCUCCUAUAUACGAAGCCAAGCCUCUAGGGUUGCUUGAACGGUCUGACGUCAUCUAAGUCGUCAUUCCUACCAUCUUCCUCGUGGCAAAGAAUGAAAGAAUAUACUUCGGUGUCGUAGCGUAGUGAACUGACUGUUGUUUGAAAGUGUAGUGUGCUCUAAUAGAACAUUUUUCAUUUAAAUUACUUUAUUUAUUUUUUAUUAUGCCACAUAAAUGCUGUGUUGCAACAUGCAAAGGAAAUUAUAAGAAUUGCCCGAAGGUGGCUGUAUUUAGUUUUCCUACCGAAGAACAACUGAGAAAACAAUGGAUUUGGAACUGCAAACGAAAAGAUGGAUUCAAGCCUACGAAACAUUCAAAGGUAUGUGAACUUCACUUCAAGCAAGAGGAUGUUCUGAGGCAAACUGAAUUCUUUGAUGAGAAAACUGGAAAUAAGAUCAUUAUACCAUUGUCAUAUCCUCGUUUAAAGAAUGGUGCAAUUCCAAGUCUGUUUCCUGAUGGUCCGAGUCAUCUUAGUUCCAGUGUUUCAUCAAGGGAAUCACCAGAGCAUAAAAGACUCAAAAGAGAACAAGAUGCACUCGAAAAUCCUUAGCCUGUAGCUUAGCUGAAAAGGAAGAGUAUGAACGAAAACAAAUGUUUUAUAAUUUAGAUGAACUAAAAAUUUGUUUUAAUACUGUGAAUUUACCAGAUAACUGGAUAGUUAUACACAGGCCUAUACAUACUAUGAUUCUUAAUAUUUCUAAUGACAAUCAUCCAAGAAUUCUAAAAUCAUUAUUUAUUGAUUGUAAUUUGAAUAUAUCUGUAGCAAUUAGAAAUAUACCUAUUAAAUCACUGAAGCAAUAUGUAAUCCCAUCAAAAAUUAACAACCUUAAAGAUCUUUUAAGUAUUUUA